AUGCAGUCGCUACAGGCCUUGAUUCCCUCUUUGGCAUUGACGCUUGGCGAGCAGACCUCUCCGAAUGUCGUGUUGUCCCUGGCCAGCACUCUGACCCACAGGCAACCAACGCCAAUGACUUCUCGCAGUCGUCUCUUGCGCCUGGCUUCAACCACGGCUGGGCCUCAGCGACGAUUAAGAUUUGAUCUCACUGAGGUCCCUCCAUUUCACGCCUACCUCCGCAAUGCCAAAGAGCGCGAGGAACGGAAAAGGAAAGAGCGAGAAGUGGCAUUCACAGAUGCCUCGAAUCAUAUUCCCACGUUUCAAGCCGUUCUGAGAUCUCAUGGCGAAUGGCCUUUGCUGCGAGAUACACCAACAGUGUUUCAAAUAAACAUUGGGAAGUUCUGCAACCUUAACUGCCGACAUUGCCAUGUGGAGUCAGGUCCUACUAAGACCCAAGAGAAUAUGGACCGCAAGACGGUCGACCGAUGCUUAGAAGUGCUGAAGGCCAGGCGGGUCCCGUCUAUUAGCACGGUAGACAUCACCGGUGGAGCUCCCGAGUUAAACCCGCAUUUCCGAAUGCUCGUACAAGAGGCAAGAAGCAUGGGAAAGACAGUCAUAGAUCGCUGUAAUUUGGUGGUUCUCUUUGAACAAGGACAAGAAAAUCUUGCUGAAUUUCUUGCCGAACAAGGCGUUAACAUCGUCGCUUCAUUGCCAUGUUACACGGAAGACAACACUGACCGACAGCGGGGGAAGCGAGUUUUUGAUGACAGUAUUACAGCUCUCAAGAGUCUUAAUCGCUGGGGAUUUGGCUGCGCUACACCGUCGACCGUUUCUGCACAGGACCACCAACGACUAGAUUUGGUUUACAACCCGAUCGGUCCUUCCCUACCUGCGCCGCAGCACGAGCUCGAGACAGCAUAUCGGCAGCGGUUGUGGGACGAUCAUGGUGUUUCAUUUAAUUCUCUCUACACACUUACAAAUAUGCCUAUCAAAAGAUUCGCAGAUACACUCUUAGAAAAGGGCGAAUAUGCAGCAUACAUGGAGCUUUUGGCAAACUCAUUCAAUAUCAGCACGGUUGACCGGCUCAUGUGCCGUUACACCGUGAAUGUGUCCUGGGACGGCGACCUGUAUGACUGCGACUUCAACAGCGCUCUACAAAUGGGUAGCAAGGGAGUGGGUCAGGUGGGAAAUCUUAACAUUUGGCAGAUUGGUUUGUCUUGA